GUCGGGCUCGGGCUUGCGUGCCCGCGGCCGCUGGCCGGCGCGCCGCCCCGCCCCGCCGCCCGCGGCCGCCCGUCGAGCGCCCGCCGCGGAGAGCGGCCAUGCCGCCGAGGGAGGGCCCGGGCUCGGCGCUGGCCAGGCCGAGGUGGCCGGUCUCCCGGCUCGCCGCGCUGGUGCUGCCGGCGAUGGCGGUGGCCGCCCCGUUCGCGAUGUUCCAGCGCAAGAUGCUGCCCGAGUCUCUUGGGCGGGUGGUGGGCCGCGCUUACUUCGGAGGAUGCAGGUGGGCGGGGCGGGGCCUAUGGUGCCACGUGGACGGCACGCUGCUGCUGGGCGUCGUGCCGGUGUCGCUCAUGGGCCACCCCGAGCGGCUCUACGGGUUGGGCGUGCGGGCUGUGGUUAACAUGCAGGACGAGUACGCGGGGCCAGAGGCCGAGUACGAGCGCCUGGGGAUCCAGCAGCUGCGCCUGCCGACGGUGGAUCACCAGGAGCCGUCGCUGGAGGCCCUCAAGAGCGCCUGCUUGUUCAUCGAGGAUCGUGGGUGAGGUCUACGUCCACUGCAAGGCGGGCCACGGGCGCGCCGCCGCCGUGGCCCUCGCCUGGAUGGCGUACUCGCGCGGCCUCGGCGGCGAGGCGGACUUGGCCCGCCUGAACGCGGAGUUGGCCGAGAGGCGCCGCGUCCGGAGGACGCUACACAGUCAGAGCGGCAUCCGGGAGCUGGGCGUGUGGAUCCUCGACAGGAGCCGUGGGGCCGGAAUCUGCUGCGCGGCUCCGGCGCCCGGGUCGGCCGCGGAUCUUGGGCGUGCUGGCGGUGGAGGAGGGGGCGAGCUGUGACGACCGCCAGGCCGCUGGGCCGUGACCGCCAGGCGGUUGACCGCCGGGCGGCGACAGAGGACGACCGCUGGACUGGCCAGAAAGGCAGGGCUCAUUUCGACUGCCCCAACUCGGUUCGUCGCACCUCCGCCUCCCCCCCCCCGAAACGGAGACCGGAUCCCCCAGUGGUCUGGGAAGCUCCCGCGCCGUCCGCCCGCGGCGCGCAAUUCUCGGCGCGCGGAGCGACCGCGCGAAGGCGUGAGAUCGCGCUGAGCCUUUCUUCUCC